UCCUGCAGCUCGGUGGCUGGGACAGCUGUGGGGCAGAAAAUAUAAUUGCUUGCUGAGAACUUGUGUAAAACCUCUGAGUUUGCAAGAAACAGGGAAUGCUGCUCAGGGCUAAGGAAUUAAAGACCAAUCGCAGUAAAAUGGAAACCAAUGUAAAAGCUGUGAUUUUUAGAUUUUAGUAUUUUUUAUGUAAAUUAAGACUAGAGCUGCUGGUGCUUUUUCAGAUCCAAAGCUCUGCACACAGCUCUGGACAACAGCCUUUGCUGAGUUUCUGUAGCCCUCAUGCUUUUGCAGGUAAGUUUGAAAAAGUAGAAUGUGUGUCUCAAAAUCCAGGGGACUAAAGACUAGAGCUCUGAAUUAGUUUAUUUUAAGGCAAAACACUGUGUGUUUGGUUUUUUUUCCUGUUUUUUCUUGACUGGAGCAUUGCUGCUAGAGCAGAUGAUGACUCCUGCCUCCUCCAUGUUCUUGACAUUCACUCUUCGCUGUGCGAAACAUCUGCUGUCUUUUUUGGGAAGGUACUGAAUUCCAGUUCACCCUCAUGUGGUGAGCAGUUCAUCUGAAAUAAGUGAUGUAUUCCAGGGAAAAAGUUGUCAUUGCUCUUUUCCCGGCAUCCUAGCAUAGGCCUUUGAACAAAACAGGCUGAUUAUUCACAUUUAGCUUUGUUGCAUGCCAGGCUGCAGCAUGUGAUUGCUCACUGCGCUUCCUCAUGCAGAGGAAAGAUACAGAAUGUCUCACAAGUAACUCACAGUCUCAACGCUGAGCUUCCUCGCAGGCAGUUAAUGGGUUUGGGGUUGCUCUCUGUCAGAUCAGCCUCUUCGACACCGUGACUUUUCCGCCAGUUGGAGUUGGAUCCAAGUGUCAGGCAGGGGUGGGAACCGCUAACCUCAGGAAACUCGCAGGAAAAUAAACCCGAGCAAGCGCUUCCAAGUGUCUUGCUGAAACCCGCACAAAGCCACUGGCUGUUUAUUACUGUGUGUUGCAGCCUGUCAUGGUUUUUACUUUCGAUCCCCAUUUUUUCAUGUGGCAGUCAUAUUUAUGUUUAGCCUGGAGCUCUCCCAUAAAUAGGGAAUUAAGCUUCAGUUGUUAAGGGAUGACUUGUCAUAACCCUAUCACAUGCCCUGCUGAAAUACCUCCAUGUAAAAGGGAAAUGGUUACAUGUUAUGUCCUCUUUCUCUGCAUUGGACACAUCUGGGCUGCUUGUCACUAAAAUAACCUUGAAAAGAAGCUUACUUGGAGGGAACCAGGCAAGUUCCUGGACCACCUCCUCUUUCCCAUCCUAACAGUAGCCAAGCUCAUACCAUGUAUUUAUGUAAAUGACACUAAGGAUUGUUAAUAAAAUGUUUAUUUGGUCUACAAAUAAAAUGUCUAUUUGGUCUACACUGUGCCCUGGUCAUCUGUCUUAGUAGCUCCCCUGGACACUGCUAUUUGCACAAUCCAGCGGUUACUCUGAGAGCAAAUGAAUCACUUUUCUGCCAAAGCACUGACCUCCUGUGAUUGAUUGACCUGGCGAACAGCCCUCUGCUGACAACGGGCUAUAAAAAAGGGACUUCUGAGUAAAUGAGUGUUGUUAGACUCUGACCUGCUUGGAGCCAUGCGGGUGAUGCUGUUGGCUGUGCUUUAUGUCCCGUUAACCCUGGCCCUGGAACGAAUCCCCCUCAUUCGAUUCAAAUCUAUCAAGAAACAGCUGAAAGAAAAGGGAGAAUUAGAGGAGUUUUGGAGGAAUCACCACCCUGACAUUUUUGCCCGGAGGUACCUGCAUUGCUUCCCUGCAGAUAUUGCUUUAUCAGUUGGAACUGCUUCAGAAAGGCUGUAUGAUUACAUGAAUGCACAGUACUAUGGAGUUGUGAGUGUCGGCACACCGCCCCAGAAGUUCACCGUCGUGUUUGACACCGGCUCCUCCAACUUUUGGGUCCCUUCUGCUUAUUGUAUCAGCGAAGCAUGCAGGGUGCACCAGAAAUUUAAGUCCUUUCUGUCAGAUUCGUACGAGCACGGUGGGGAAGCCUUCUCCUUGCAGUAUGGCACGGGACAGCUUCUGGGCAUUGCUGGCAAAGACACGCUGCAGAUCAGUAACAUCUCCAUCAAGGGCCAGGACUUUGGCGAGUCAGUGUUUGAGCCAGGAACAACCUUCGCCCUUGCCCAUUUUGAUGGUGUGCUGGGCUUGGGAUACCCCUCCUUGAUAGUAGGCAAUGCUCUGCCUGUGUUUGACAGCAUCAUGAACCAGCAGCUGGUAGAGGAGCCGGUCUUCUCUUUCUAUCUGAAAAGAGGAGACGACACUGAGAAUGGUGGUGAGUUGAUUCUGGGGGGGAUAGACCAUUCUCUCUACAAAGGUUCAAUCCACUGGGUUCCAGUCACCGAGAAAAGCUAUUGGCAAAUACACGUGAACAAUAUAAAGAUCCAGGGCCGGGUGGCAUUUUGCUCCCACGGCUGUGAAGCCAUCGUUGACUCAGGCACUUCUCUUAUCACGGGCCCCUCUUCACAAAUCAGGCGAUUACAGGAGUAUAUUGGGGCAAGUCCAUCACGUACUGGAGAGUUUCUUGUAGACUGCAGAAGACUGUCCAGUUUGCCUCACAUAAGCUUCACGAUUGGACACCAUGAGUACAAGCUGACAGCAGAGCAGUACAUCAUAAAGGAGUCUAUUGAAGACCAAACCUUCUGCAUGAGCGGCUUUCAGUCUCUUGACAUCCCGACUCGCAAUGGUCUGCUCUGGAUUUUAGGAGACGUCUUUAUGUCUGCGUUUUACUGCAUUUUUGACCGUGGGAAUGACAGAGUGGGAUUUGCAAAAGCUGCUCAUAGGAAGGAUUACGACUGAGUCCUUAUAGCGUUUAUUCUGCCUUAACCUAAAUGUUAAUGUAAUGAUCUUCAACACAAGCGUGAAGAAGGGCUUUAACUGAAACUCUGGACCUAAAUGCGGUUGUGCUGUCCCCCACCAGGUUUUAAGGGCUUUGAUGUGAUACUUGUCCCAAAUUACACAGCUUGGUUCAAUCUCCGUGUGUUUACAUCUCAGAAACUAUUUUUCCUAAACAACUGACGGACAUCACAGCUCUCAGGGUGAAGUGCAAACAGCUCAGCACUCAGGUCUGCAAAAGAGCAGGAAGGAUAAAAUAGGCUGAACAGUGCCAGGCUGACAAGAUAGCAGUUAUGAGCAGGGGAAACUAACCCCAGUCUGGGCUGCUCUGGGUGUUCUUUUUUAUUCUUGUGUGCUAGUUUCUCACUGCUUUCCUUUUCCUCAUUAUUUUCCAUGGCUAGUCCUUUGUCCAUCCUUGUUUCCUUAGUACCAUGGAAAUUCUUUUUAUACUGGCUUGUUCCAACCAGUUUAUAUAAAGGGGAAUUUGACUGAUGUCUGUAUGACCACUAAUGUCCACUACUGUUACUUGCACACCAUUUCCUCCUCCUUACGCCAUCUCUCAAAUUUGCUUUUUCCCUUGGGUUCAUUCUCACUUGUCACUUUCCUAUUCCUCUUUUGGGUCUCAGCAUUCAAUGCCUAUUUCUUAGGUCAGAUGCUGCUUUUAGUAGCUGACACCUCUGUCCCUUGGCGGUGUGGGCAGCUGGGAGCAGCAUCUAUAUGCGUUACUAAACCCAGACCACAACCCUUGCAAUGGGAGGUACAAAGGGGUACCGAUGCAUCCUCCCCACCUCAGAUGAGUUACAGGAUCAAUGCACCAGCACUUGACAUUUACUGUCUCUUGCUCAGCCACUUCUUGUCACCAGUGGCAGCUGCUUCAGCACUGGCAGAGGUGUGAAACAGCCAUAGGUAGCUGUGCUCAUUUGGCAAAAGAAGAUUUACCAAAAUUACACCCGUAGGAGUAUGUGGAUUGUUAGAAGAGAUACUGCCCCUGUACAUGUGAAUAAAACUUAACCAAAUAAAAUCUGCUUUGGU